UGUAUUACUACUAGUAUUAUGCGAGUGUUAUGCAUACUCCUUCGUCAGAAAGAAUUAGACACAGACAUUUCUAAACUUGCUAGAGCGUCCCUACACCCGAUGCUGCUUUUUCUCUUCAUGUGAUGUUCUCUUGUUGAGUUGUGAGCACGUUCAGUUUUGUGGACGAUCAACAUUAGUCCCCGCGCUGAUAUCCAGUGGUAUCUUCGUCAUCGACAUCGAGUGAUUUGUUUGAAUUGAGGUCUUCAAUACGAUAUCCGACAUACUAGUAUCUAGCAGUGUUGUAAAACGGGAAGAUGUUGCCGGUGUCAUCACCUACCUCUGCGAAUGGCCGGCUCAGCAGAAAGGAUUCGGGGAUGUCAUCCAGCAAACAGACCUGGAAAUUCCUCAGACGCCUGUACAAGUUCAAACACAUGGAUUUCGAAUUUGCUGCUUGGCAGAUGCUCUACUUGUUUAUUGCUCCGCGAAAAGUGUACAAGAACUUCCACUACCACAGUCAGACAAAGCACCAGUGGGCUCGCGAUGACCCUGCUUUCUUGGUUCUUGGAGCAGCAUGUGUAUUAGUGUCCUGUGUGCUGUACACGAUUGUGCUGAAGCUGGCAUUUCACGAGUUCAUUCUGCAUCUGGUGUGGGUGCUUGUGUUUGAUUACAUCAUUUUGGCAUGUGCCAUCGCUACUGCAUUCUGGUUUUGUGUGAACAAGUUUAUGAGACGGCCCGAGAGUGAUGCAACGGUGGAGUGGAGAUACUCGUUUGACGUCCACCUCAAUGCUUUCCUGCCUUUCCUAGUCAUUCUUCACAUCGUUCAAGUUCUGUUGAUGCAUGCUGGUCUUGAGCAGUUUGGAUUUGUUCGGCUGCUGAGCAACGCGUUGUGGCUGGUUGCCUUUGGCUACUAUUUCUACAUCACAUUCUUGGGAUACUUCUCAUUGCCAUUCACACAUCGGACAGUCGCGAUACUCUACCCGAUCGGCCUAUUUGCUAUUAUCUUUGUUCUCUCGCUGGUCUUCGAGUGGCAUUUCAGCAAGACGUUGCAUGUGUUUGUCACCUAUCGGGUAAGAACGUGACGGCGGCAGUGACAAUGUCUCUCUGCCUGCAGUCCACUGAUUGUGCAAGUACCAUGCUUUCACUUGAGUAUAGGCACGAAAUCCCCCUCCCCUGGUCACGUGAUCUUUGACUACACUCUCAUUGCUAUCUUUUAUACACUGCUGUUUGCAGAUUGUACAUACUACUACUAGUACCGGUGGGCUAAACCUACUACACUGUACACAGCCUUAGGCCGUACAUACUGGGAUUUUAUUUUACGUCUGCAUGACUUUGACUCCAGCGUUUGCCUUUAUCGGGAUGCCAUAAUUAUUUGAUAUUAUCUCCUUCUCACUGACACCGAUAAUAACUCUACGCAAUGCAACACUGUACAGUGUGCACACUGACAGUCUGCUGUUGUAUCAUGAAACCUAUGCUGAAUAUUAUCAUUUUAUUCUCUGCUCUCAA